CUAGUUUUUUUUUUUUCUUGCCUUGUUUGCAGCUCUAACAAUCGUGCUAAUGGAUAAAUCACAACCAACGGUACCCGGGUAUUCGACCCGAACAAGACCCACAUUCAUGCUCCUUAGUCCUUACCCGUUUUAGCUUACAUUUUACAGUCGUAGAAUCAGAAAGAGCGGCAUGUCAUCGGAAAAGAUGGAUGAGAGAGAAAGCGCCGCCGCAUCCGUCGUGGAGGAUGCCAAGAGAAGAUGCGCCACUCUUACCGAUCGCCUUCACCGCUUGAACACCAGCAAGCUUUCCCGGCCCCUGAAAAACACCAUCUCUCGAUUAAUCCAAUCGGAGCUCAACUUUCUUCACCGCGUCCCCGCCGCCUCCCACUCGCUCAGCCACAAUAUCGGUCACCUGGAGGCCGUGGUGCACGUUCUUCAGCAGCCGUCUGUUACAGGGGUAUCGCGCGUUUGCAAGGCGGUUAGUUUGUCCCAUUCGCGUAGCAUUUACGUCGAUAUUGUGUGUUCUCUGAACGGAAAUCCUGUCUGGUUCAUCGUUUCUGAUAGAAACCCUAGAUACAUUUUCUGGGAUUGUGACUCUCGUGAUAAAAAUAAGGGGUUAAAGCAAAAGAUUGUGCAUGUCCUUGACGCUGCCCGUCAAUCCUCUGUAACGCUAAGACCUUCGUCCAUCGUGCUUUUCUUCUCUAGGGGGCUCGACAGUGAUGUUGAUCAGAAGCUUAGGUGUGAGUUUGGAGCUGUUGAUUUUGAAAUGGAGAAUUUUUCCUGUGAGGAGCUCCAAGUGGAGGGCGGAUGGACUUAUGUAGUGCUCGGUAGAUUGUUUCCUGAUGCUCGUUUUGUCGAGAUUGAGGUUCAUGAAGAUGAUGAUACUCGUGAGACUAUUCUUGAUUCUGCAAGGAUGGUUGAUCCUGUCUCGUGCAAGAAGAAGCACGAUGAGUGUUUUGAUUCAAAUAGUAUAGGAUCAUCUUUAUGUCAUUUUGUUUCUGCCAUGAAAUGUUGGUGCUGCUCCUCCUCGGAUGUUGAUGAUGAUGAUAAUAAUGUGGGGCUUCAAGUUGGAUCAAUUAAGCAGUCAAGGAAGUGCAGUGAGGCUAAGGUGGUUAAUUUUGAUACAACUGUAUUGGUCGCCAUUGUGUCUGGAAUUAGUAAUGGUGGGUCGGGGAAACUUUUGGCUAAACCUGAGAGUGAACUAAGAGCCCGGUUUAAAGGCAACUAUGACUUUGUUAUUGCCCAGGUCGACUGUGAACACCAGCAUCCAAUCCACAAUGAGCUGUUAAGUUCAAUAUCAGGAAAACAAGGAAUUAUAUGUGAAAGCGUGCGCUCGGAGUUUGAGGAGCUAAUCUCAAUGUGCGGUGGACCCAAUGAGAAGUUACGAGCUGAAUACCUUCUCAAGUUUCUCAAGGUAGUGCCUGAUUGUCCAUCAACACGACUGAUUAGCCUUCAGACAACAAGAAAGCUGGCUGUGAAAAACAAAGUGGUUUUUGGGACAGGGGACAAUUGGUGUGCUCAAACCGUGACAGCAAACAUGGGUUUUGUGAGAGCCGUCUCACAGACUGGAAUGUCUCUCUCUGUAAUCGAGCACAGGCCACGUGCACUGAUCGGUGAGUAGGAGCUAGCUACUCUUAUUUGCAAGGAUGUUUGAUAUAAACUGGGUAUUUGUUUUGUAUAAUUAUUUUGGCAAAGGAUUUGUAUCUGAUGCUUGCAAAUGAGAGACAGUAGAAAAUAUAUGUAAUCCGGACCACAAUUUUUCCUUCACUUUAUAAAUCCAAUCCGUCUAUCUAUUUUCUCAUUCAAGCCAAACGUUUUGUAAUAAAUACAAAUGGAUUUGGCACACUUCUGAUAAUCACUUGAACCGCUAUUGUUUCUGAUAAUCUGUGGGGUUCAAGUUCAG